AACCGCAGUCUCGUCUCCCUCACGUCCCCGACCCGUCUCCCUCUCGGUGAGACGGUGAGGUCACAACUUCUCUUUUGCGCCUCGCCUCUCCUUUUGCUCACCGCCGUGGACGCCCAGGGCAACACAAAAGCGCCACCAAUAGCCCGCGGUUAACCGCCGGAAUACAGCUCCGCCGCUCGACCUCGCCGCGCAGCGGCUGUCUGAACCGUAGGCUCGAGGCCUAACCCUACCCCCCCACAAGCCCCCGGAGGUCGGCGGCGGCACGAUGCUGUUCCAGGUGGGAGGGCAGGGCGCGCGCCCGACCUUCUUCGAGAUGUCGGCGGCGCAGCAGCUUCCGGCGAGCCUCCGCGCCGCGCUCACCUACUCGCUCGGGGUUUUUGCACUGAGAAGGCCAUUCUUGCAUAACAUUUUAGACUAUGAAGAUGAAUUCUUUGCUUUGUUAAUGGCUGUCCUUGAGUCCCACAGUCUACGAACAACAGACGGUUCUUUCUCAGAGUCAUUAUAUGGUCUCAGACGGAGACCUGUUAAGGUCGCAGUGAAGAGAUCUAGUCCUGGCACUGAAUCCAGCGACAAGGCCUAUGACUCUGCACUAAGGAGGCGCCAAAAAACCCUCUCUGUUGUCUUUUUGGUUAUUUUACCAUAUUUCAAGUCAAAGUUGCAGUCCAUAUAUAACAAAGAAAGGGAAGCAAGGUUGCAGGCAAGCCUGUGGGAUCAGGGUGAGGUUAGAUUCGAUGAAGCUGGUGCGUUAGAUCAACAAGGGGAGACUUCUCAAGCGCAAGCUGAGAGUACUACUCGAGAAGUAUCACAUUUGGCACGUCUUAAGACGAAUUUUGCGGCACUAAUAGGUGUUUCUUAUCCAUGGAUUCAUGCGACCAAUGAAGGCCUUUCAUUUGCUUACCAGUUGCUGUAUCUGUUGGAUGCUACUAAAUUUUAUGGUCCAGGACUUCAUGUGCUUGGGCUUCAUGUUUGUCGUGCUACUGGACAAGAACUGAUGGAUUCAUCUUCUAGGAUAGCAAGGAUUAGAAAUCGUGAACUCGAGAGACUUCGUGGUCCUCCAUGGUUGAAGACUGUGCAGAGGGUGUUCCUUAGUUGUAUGUACACGACUCUAGAUUAUGCACAAACUGGUUUAAUCGCCGCAGUCUUCUUUUUCAAGAUGAUGGAAUGGUGGUAUGAAUCUGCUGAAGAAAGAAUGUCAGCUCCAACUGUAUAUCCCCCACCUCCUCCUCCUCCACUACCAAAGGUUGCUAAAGAUGGACUUCCCUUGCAACCUGACAGAACGCUGUGCCCUCUGUGCUGCCAGAAGCGCAAUAACCCCUCUGUUCUCUCUGUUUCUGGUUUUGUUUUCUGCUACAGCUGCAUAUUUAAGUCUGUCUCUCAGCAUAAAAGGUGCCCCGUGACAUUGAUGCCUGCCACUGUUGAGCAUAUCAGGCGCCUCUUCCAUGAUUUGUAGAUUCGGUAAACAAUACAGUUUCUGCUUCCGGAAGAAGAGGGAGGUAGUUAUACAAAUGUAUUCUCCAGUGCCAUCCAUUUUUGUCAAGAAUGGGUUCUCGUUUUGAUAGUAUGGCCAUCAUAGACGCUGAUGAUUCUUCUCCCUUCGGAAAUUUCAUGUCCAUACGCUCCUGUUGUCAUUUUUGUUUUCUGUUUAAACAAUAUGGCAAAGCAAGUUCAACUCAAGAGAUUUAGGUACUGAGCCAUAAUUACCGUUAGGAGAUUUUCACUGGGAUGUUUUAUAAUGACCCGGGGUGUAAAACCUUGUAAUCAUGAUGUAAUAUAAGCAUAUUUUAUUUCCUUUGACAGAA